ACCUCUCGCCUCCUGAUUUCCUUCUCAAGACGGAUUACAUAUUUGCGUCAGAGAGACGAAUACACGAAUUUUUUUUUAAAGUCUUGCUGUUUGUAUAUUUUUUGUGCGUGACAUCAAAUAGGAAAGCGGGAGAGAGUGAGUGUGUGUGUGUGUGUGUGUGUGUGUGUGUGAGAGAGAGAGAGAGAGAGAGAGAGAGAGAGAGAGAGAGAGAGAGCAUCCAUCCGGACGCGCGGCAAAUGUGGCCCCUUACAGUCGGAGAGAGGAGAGGACGCACUGGGUGAAAGAUCCACUGAAAACCCUGCGGCAACGAAAUUUUUGUUUUUCUUAUUUUUUUCUUUUUCUUUUUUCUUUUUAUUGAUGUAUACCACCUGUCCAGUGGAUCUUUCUCUACCGGUCUGUAUGGCUGCUGCUCGUCUCCGCGCGUCGUAGUGAGGAAAAAAAUACGCUGGAGAUAUCAUUUCAAUUAUCAUAUUUUUUGCGCCAUGGCUUCGCACGGUUUUUGGUCUCUGGGCGCAGAAAACGGCGGUGAGAGCGGCGGCCAAAGCCCAGCCAGGGCUUGGUGCCAAGCGGCGGCCCAGAAAUUCACCGGCGGCAUUGGAUCCAAAUUAUGUGCUCUGCUGAAUGUGGGAGAGGUGGAUAAGAGCGCGGAUGGUGCUGAGAAACGAGAUGCGGAAAACUGCAGCUGCAGCACCAAACCCUGCAACUGCUCCAAAACUAACCUGGGCUUCUCCGAGCUCUACUCUACAGAUCUUCUUCCCGCGUUAGACGGCGACCUGAAGACGAUGACUUUCCUGCAGGAAGUUGUGGAUAUUUUGCUCGCCUACAUUGUGGAGUCUUUCGACAGGUCGACCAAAGUGAUUGAUUUUCAUUACCCCAACGAGCUGCUGCAGAGGAAUAACUGGGAGCUGUCGGAUGAACCCGAAACCCUGGAUGAUAUUUUGAUCAGCUGCCGCGCAACGCUUAAAUACGCCAUUAAAACAGCUCACCCCAGGUACUUUAACCAGCUCUCCACCGGAUUAGACAUGGUCGGUCUCGCUGCUGACUGGCUCACAUCCACCGCCAACACUAACAUGUUUACUUACGAGGUGGCUCCUGUUUUUGUCCUGCUGGAAUACGUCACACUGAAGAAGAUGAGAGAGAUCAUCGGCUGGGAAGACGGCCGUGGAGACGGCAUCUUCUCACCAGGUGGCGCCAUUUCCAACAUGUAUGCCAUGUUGCUGGCUCGCUACAAGAUGUUUCCUGAAGUCAAGGAGAAAGGCAUGUCAUCCGUGCCCAAGCUGGCGGCCUUCACGUCCGAACACAGUCAUUUCUCAAUCAAGAAGGGGGCUGCAGCUCUUGGAAUAGGAACAGAGAGCGUGAUUUGUAUCAAAGCCGAUGAGAGGGGAAAACUGAUCCCUUCUGACCUGGAGCGGAGGAUAGUGGAGGCCAAGCAGAAGGGUCUUGUGCCCUUCUUUGUGAGCGCUACAGCUGGAACUACAGUGUAUGGAGCAUUUGAUCCCCUGAUUGCGAUCUCAGACAUCUGUAAGAAGUAUAACAUUUGGAUGCACGUGGAUGGCGCCUGGGGAGGGAGUCUGCUCAUGUCCCGGAAACACAGGUGGAAACUCAAUGGAGUCGAGAGGGCAAACUCUAUGACGUGGAACCCUCACAAGAUGAUGGCGGUGCCGCUGCAGUGCUCGGCUUUGCUGGUCAGAGAGGAGGGUUUGAUGCAGAGCUGUAACCAGAUGCAGGCGUGUUACCUGUUCCAGCAGGACAAACAAUACGACCUGAGCUACGACACAGGAGACAAGGCUCUGCAGUGCGGACGUCACGUCGACAUCUUCAAGCUCUGGCUCAUGUGGCGAGCGAAGGGCACUAUUGGCUUCGAGGCUCAGAUUGAUAAAUGUCUGGAUUUGUCUGAAUAUCUCUACAACAAGAUUAAGGACCGAGAAGGUUACAUGAUGGUGUUUGAUGGAAAGCCUCAACACACCAACGUGUGUUUCUGGUACCUUCCACCCAGCGUGCGCUACCUGGAAGACAAAGUGGAAAAGAUGAAGCGUCUCCACAAGGUUGCUCCUACAAUCAAAGCUCGGAUGAUGGAGUACGGGACGACCAUGGUGAGCUACCAGCCACAAGGAGACAAAGUCAACUUCUUCAGAAUGGUCAUCUCCAACCCGGCCGCCACCUUCGAGGACAUCGACUUCCUCAUCGAAGAGAUCGAGCGCCUCGGACAGGACCUGUAACGUUCCCGGUGUCUCUGUGUAUAAUAUAUUUGUUGUGAAUGUACGGUAAUUCCUUGAUUUUUUUUUUCUCCUAAUCUUCGAAGUCUAAUAUAGGUGAAUUUGUUUAAAGUCAAAAAAGUCUGUAUUUAAGUAUCGUAGCACCGCCGUGGACGUCUUGGUCCGAAACCUUGUAAAAGUGUUAAUGUCCGCUCCUGUCUACGUUAGCCUAAGCUUUAUGUGUGUGGUGUGAGUGUGAAGAAUUAUUCGCUUCAAUCCUGUGCAAUAGGCCACAGUUUAUAGUCAAUCUAAUGGACCAGAUAUUCUAAGUGCCAGUCAUCAGCCUAAAGCUAUAAGAUAGAAAGAGAUUUAUUUAUAGAGAUGUAUAUAUACAGAGAGAAGGGGAGAGAAAGAGGACAAGAGAGAGAGCACUUUGGUUUUCCUCAGUAUUGCCUUCACAAUCACAGGCAGCAUUUGAGUGUAAUUGAGUAGAGAAUACAGAAGAAAAUACAUUGCAGGGUUAUUUUUAGCCAUGUGGUGUUUAAUUCCUGCUUGAGCACAAAAAACUCUCAUGUUGUAUUAAAACCUAACAGGGGAUGUACAAUAGCUUUAUCUAAAAUGGUUUUACAGUAGGCGUAUGCAGAAAUGGAGAAAUGUAUUAUAUCUGUAGCAGGAUGUAAAGCAGAUGAGAGAUCUGAAGCUGGCUGAACCAAAAGUGACUAAGCACAAUUUCUGACCAGUAUUAAAGCACUUAUUCCUAGAUGGAUGGAUGGACGGAUGGAUAAAUGGUUGUAUGAAUAGUUGAAUGCACAAAUGGUUGGAUGGAUGGAUGGAUGGAUGGAUGGAUGGAUGGAUGGAUGGAUGGAUAGAUGGAUAGAUGGAUGGAUGGAUGGAUGGAUGGAUGGAUAAAUGGUUGUAUGGAUAGUUGAAUGCACAAAUGGUUGUAUGGAUGGAUGGAUGGAUGGAUGUAUGGAUGGACAAAUGGUUGGAUGGAUGAUGGAUGGAUGGAUGGAUGGAUGGAUGGAUAAAUGGUUGGAUGGAUGGAUGGAUGAAUGGAUGGAUAAUUGGUUGUAUGGAUAGUUGUAUGGAUGGAUGGAUGGAUGGAUGGAUGGAU